AUUCCUUGGCUAUAAGGUAGGCAGCCAGAAAAACGCAAAUCGCUAACCUUAAAGUUGCGCAUGCUGGUUGUGUUGUGCUUUACAGUCGUGCGUUCAAUAAUUCCAUAUUUUCUACGGGUUGUUUUUAAUUUUAACCCGGUAAAAUGGGGAAAGAUAAAGAGAAGAAUGCAGCCUUAAAACAAGCUUAUAAAUUAAAAAUGAAAUCCAAAGCAAAAGAGCGCAAGCAAAACUUAAAAGAAAAACGCGCUAAACUUGUAGUGAAAAACCUACCAUUCUCGGCCACUGAAGAAAAUCUAAAAGCGUAUUUCGGAAAAUUUGGAACAGUAACAAAUAUCCACUUGCUUAAGAAAGAAGAUGGCAUGCUUACAGGUUGUGGUUUUGUACAAUUUGAUGCUGUGCAAAAAGCAGCCAAAGCUAAACAUCAUCUAAAUGGAAAAGAAUUUAUGGGAAGAGCUCUUGAAUGUGACUUUGCUAUGCCCAAGAAACAGUUUGAUAAGAAAGUAUAUAAUGAGAAAAGAAAACAAUUUUGGUUGGACCAGAAAAUAAAAGAAGAACCAAUUGAUGUUGAUACUGUUGCAGAAAAACCAACAGUUGAUGAAAAUGUUAUUGAUUGUAAUGAAAUAAAAACAGAACCAAAUGAAAAUAUUGAUGAAGCAGUUGUAAAAGAAGCUGAUAGUUCUUCAGAUGACAGUAGUGAAGAAGAAACAGAACCAAAAGAAGAAAAUGAUGAAAGUUCCUCUGAAGAUGAAGAAGAAAAAGAACCUAAGGAAGAAAGUCAUGAAAGUUCAUCUGAAAAUGAUGAAGAGGAAGAUGCAGAUUCAAUGAUUGACCAAAAAGAUGAAGAAAUUGAUAGUGGUCUUGAUGAAGAUGAAAAACUGUCACAGACUACAGAAAAGAAACAAAAAUAUGAGUCACAUGAUGUCACAGAGGGUAGAACUGUUUUCAUUAAGAAUCUGCCUUUUGAUGCUACUAAUUCAGACUUAAAGGAGUGUAUGAAGCAAUUUGGGCCCCUAUAUUAUGCUUUAGUAUGUGUUGACAAAAUGACAGAGCAUUCCAAAGGCACUGCAUUUGUAAAAUUCAGAAAUAAGGAGGAUGCUGAUAAAUGUCUUAAAGCAGGUACAGAAUUAACUUGUUUAGGAACCAUCUUGGAUUGUCAUCCGGCUGUUGGUAGACAAGAUAUUCAAAACAAGUCAAAGGAAAAAGAGAAACAGAAAGAUUCUAGAAAUCUUUACCUUAUUAAAGAAGGAGUGGUUUUGGCUGGUACAAAGGCAGCUGAAGGUGUAUCAGCCGCAGACAUGGCGAAACGUCUACAACUAGAGCAGUACAAAACGCAAAUGUUGCGCAAUUUAAAUAUGUUCAUUGCUAGAACUCGUCUUAUAAUCCACAAUUUACCAGCGACUUGGGACGACAACAAAUUACGAAUUCUUCUGAAAAAACACGCAGGUCCCGGCGCUGUCAUCAGGGAAUGUCGUGUCAUGCGCAAUUUAAAAAACGUCGACGCGAAGGGUGUAGGUUCAUCAAAAGAACACGGUUUUGUUUCAUUCACAACUCACGAACAUGCUUUAAACGCUCUACGAUCCCUAAACAAUAAUCCACACGUAUUUUCUGCUAGUAAACGUCCUAUUGUUGCAUUUUCAAUUGAAAAUCGCGUUAUGGUUAAUACAAAACAAAAGCGCUUAGAAAAAUCGCGUCAACUUAAUCCCCUCGCACGUCAAUUUGAUGCAGGUGCAAAGAAAGAUCAUCAAAGUUUCAAGAAACGUAAACGUGAAGAAGAUGGCGACGCACGGAAACGACGUCCGCAAAUCAUCGAAGGUGAUAAGUUUGCAGGCACGCAAGCAAAACCUGGUCAAAUAAACAAAAUGAGAUCUAGGUAUAAACUGAAUACACAGGCGCAAUUGCAUUAUGAACAAGUAAAAGCUGAAAAGAAACAGAAAAAGAAUGUUCAUAAGACUUUACAGCAAAAGAAAGAAGAAUUCACUCGACAAGACGGGCAGAAAAUUAAUAAACAGAAGCGCGAUCGCGAUAUUAAAGACGAUAGUUUUGCCAAAAUGGUAAACGCCUAUAAAAAUAAACUGCUUAAGACUGGUUCCAGCAACCAAUCUAAUAAAUUGCAAACUAGAGGAGCGUGGACAGAUGGGUAACUGUAAAUUUAGAAAAUAAAUUAAUGUUAUUUGACUA